GCUUGGAUCGAAUCAAGUAGGCUGCUUCCACCAUUUGUAUUGAGACGAGUCAAUGAGAUCAAGCAAAUUAAGGAUAUGUUAGGAGUAGAGCAGCGCUAUGUUAACUCAAAACAAAACCCUGCAGAUAUAGCUACUAGGCCAGAACUGUGGCAUCAAAAACGGGAUCUAUGGCUCCAUGGUCCAGAUUUUCUUCUACAAGACCAAAACAAUUGGCCAAAGCAGCAGAAGAACGAAGAAUUGUGCUUGGUUGGGAGGGCCCUGGACAUGGUGGACGGUCCAGAGAUGACAAUGAGAGGAUAUGAAGACCAAGAUAAUGAACUUGACUUUCCUGAAUUGGAAGAAAAUUCUGCACCCACUACACUUCAUGAAAGUUUGGAUUCUUUGCAAGACCUCUCAGAAAAAGAGUCAGUGUCCGAAAUAAAGAAGUUGCAAGGAAAAUACUUUUCAGAAGAAGUUUCAGGAAAGGUCACUAGUUUGUUACGAAACUUAGGUCUCUUUAGAGAUGAAGAUGGGAUCUUGAGAUGCAAAGGAAGAAAUCACCCUUCACAACCGAGAUAAUACUGAAGACGCAUAGAGAUAACUACCAUGUUGGUGUACCGCACACGCUAAGCAUAUUACGCGAGAAGUAUUGGAUCCCUCAUGGGCGAGCCCAAGUUCAGAAAACCCUAAAGAUGUGUUCACAGUGUGAGAAAUAUGCCGGAGGUCCUUACAAACUGCCACCACCACCUGCACUACCCAGUGAAAGGGUUAACUAUAGUUCUCCAUUUACCUUCACUGGAUUAGACUACCUCGGACCGGUUUUAGUGGAGACAAAUACUGGCAGAGAAAAACGAUG